CAUAUACGAGCGGUUCAGAUGCACGAAGUGGAUGGUUACAACGGCAAAACGUUUCCCACAGACCGCUCCUCGACGAUUUCUGCUCUUAUUCAUCGUUGUUGUUAAAAAAGUCGGCUUCUUUGUACCGUCCGAUUUGAUGCAAUAUUGUGGUAAUUGCAGGAGUAAUGUGAUGAAGUUCAUCGGAAUUUUAGAUUUUUGGAUACUGAUGCGAUGAAGAUUGGUGUGGGUUUUGAUGCUUUGAAUAGUUCUAAUAAAAGGGUUAAGAGAAGUUCUACUGGUAAGGAUUCAGUUGAGUCUUCGGCAAGGGAAGAUGAUUUGGUGGAAGCGAUUGAUGCUUCAGUAUCAGACAUGGGAAUGCUGCCAUGGAAACCGAUGAACGGCCUUCGCUGUAAAAUUGGUAGAGCUGCAAAGGGAAAUAGGAAUUCAAUUGUGGCUCAGAAAAGAGCAGGAAAUGAGAGUGGGAGGAGGGAAGUAAUAAUUUCUCCAGAUGUGGGAAGCUCCUUACCCUUUCAACGACGUUAUGUGAAGAAGAAAGGGAAAGUGAAUUUGGAGGAUCACACACUAAAAGACGUGCAGCAUGGGGAGCCUACUAAUCUAUCCAGCAGGGCUGCUUUAUUUGGGAAAGAGGUGGUGACCGUUGCAGACGAACAAGGUUCUUUUGAAUCUUAUCAAAAUUUGGGUCUGCAAAAAGCUCAGGAUUUCAAAAUAAAUAUGAAACAAUUAUCACAUACAAAUUCCAGAAAUAAUAAAGCAAAACUUUCCUCUUCCUACUUGCCUGAAGGGAUGCAUGACACUGAUAUUGAAGACAAAGGAAAUGCAAAUGUUAUUGGCAAAUGUCCUCAAAUCACCACACAAGGUCACAUAUCAUAUCCUCAUCAUGGUCAAGCAUUUCCUGACCCAGUGGUAAGCAAAAGGAAUCGCAGCUGCAAAAAGACUGCAAAGGGAAAAAGGAAAUGCAAUUCAUUAUCAUCCAAUUUUGGAGAAACUUCUGUUUCAGCAUCACAUGCUGGAAUUUCUAAUUUGAAUCAAGAGAUGAGCAAUGAAAAUGGAUUUUAUGGUACUGCUGUAAUAGAAAUUGAUGAGCUUUAUCCAGAAGCAAAAUAUUGCGUUUUUUAUGGACAGAGUGAAGUUUUUGAUAUUUCCAGUGCAAUAGCUGAUCAAAUUGAAUCCGACGAAAUAUUUUCUCGAGAACUUCAAGAGGAGUUUGAUCAUGAAACCACAAGGGUUAUACGCUUGGACAUGGUCAAUGCAACAAUUGCGUGGCCAUUGCAACAGGAUGAGGAUGAGUAUGCUGCUACUCUUUCCGAGAAUGAUCGUUCUAAAUCUGAAGAUGCAACAGUUGCGUGGUCAUUGCAACAGGAUGAGGAUGAGGAUGAGGAUGAGGAUGCUGCUACUCUUCCCCAGAAUGAUCGUUCUAAAUCUGAACGCAUUGAUGAAAUUAGGGGUAAAUUGCAGUUUGAAGCGGAUCUAGAUAAGAGAUUUGAACUUUAUGAAGAAUGGGAAGAUUUACUUGAAAACAGAGACGAGCGCGAGAAUGAUGACCCUGCGUCUAAUCAUUCCAUUAAUAAUACUGAGAAUGCGAUGCAGUUUGACAGUGAUGAUAGCGAUGAUAGCGAUGAUCAGCAUGUUUAUUCUUCCGUGAUAAAUAACCUGCCUUUAAUCUUGAUUCAGAAUAAUAACGUUAAAGAAGCAUGCGCUGUAUGCCUUGAAAUCCCUGCUGUUGGUGAAACAAUGCGUUAUUUACCCUGCUUGCACAAAUUUCAUAAAAUGUGCAUAGAUACAUGGCUGAAGAUAAAACCAGCAUGCCCAGUGUGCAAGUUCAAGCUCACCUUAAGUUAAAACCGAGUCGAUCAGCUUGGCUUAUUUGCAAGCCUGGUUUAAUAACCAUGGCAGUACUAUUUUCCUGCCCAGCUAUUGCCACUCAAGGUUUGCAGAAGCUGUUUUGAUUUUUUGACUGAUACUGUUAGGUUGAACUUCUGGUAUGUUAUGUUAGUUAUUCUGCUGUAGUUUAUUAGUAUUUUGCUGUUCUUUCAAUGUACUGCUACUCUUUGAACGGACAACUUAGUUCAACUUGAACUUUCCUAUUCUGAUAGUGAAAUUGAACUCUAAUUAUGUCCUA